AUGCGCAUCCAAUUCGUUACGACGCUCGCAGCAGCGCUGAGCCUCUCAACAACAAGUGAAGCACUCAAGAUUCUAUUGGGCAACGACGACGGCUUUGGAAGUGGAAACCUUCGGGAGCUGUACAAGUUGCUAGUCAACGAUGGACAUGAAGUCCUCAUCGUUGCUCCAGCCCAACAGCAAUCCGGAAAGGGCGGCACCGUAAUCUGGGCUGAGUCCGCAAACCUCACUAUUCCUUCGCAAUACGACAUUGUUCCCGCGGGAGCCAAAGCCGUCGGCCGAGACCCUACCGACGACAAUAUUUGGUACUAUGACGGUACACCUGCUGCGUGUACCUUUGUUGCGCUGGACUGGGUGCUGCCACGCUACUACCCUGAAUGGCACCAAACUGCAGACCUCUUUAUCGGAGGACCGAACUACGGCACCAACCUUGGAGCCUUCGUAUACUCGCUGAGCGGUACCGUGGGCGCAACAUACGCUGCGAUUUCGCGAUCCAUUCCGGGAAUCGCGCUGAGUGCGUCGAACAGAGCGGUGCCCUACUUCAAUGUAACCGGACCUUCGCACCCAGCGGCACUAGCUGCCCAAGUCUCAUACGCAGUUGUGAACGAGUUUAUCACAAACACGCCAACAGGCCAGGCUGUUCUGCCCCUUGGCUACGGCAUCAACGUCAACAUCCCAACGCUCGUGAACGGUACCAUGCCGCCGGUUUACAAGACACGUCUCACAGGCGACGCGAACACAGAUGUGGCCAUAUACAACGAGACAACAGGACUGUUUGAUUGGGGUAACCUGGACCCGGUAGCUGCAGGCGUGAAUGCAUGCUACAAUGGCGACUGCAACCUACCAGGUGAGACCUGGGUUGUGGCUGGUGGAGGUGUGAGUGUGAGCCCUUUCACGAUUGAUUACACAGCGCCGGAUACCGCGAAUACGGACUUGGUGUUCGCGAAGGUUGACGAAUUGACGAGCCAAGGAAGCAAUAAGACCAUGUAUAGUAAGAGGAUGAUUCAAGAGAGGAUGAGGAAGAGGGGUGCGAUGCUGAGCGGGAGGGAUGUAGAAGUCUAG